GCUGGCAGUGGGUCGUCAGCUGACGCGCAGCGAGGUCGGAAAUGCCUGGAGGUCGGCUGCCGUGUCAGCGCAGGACGCUACGUGUGGUGGGGCUGACUUGCCUGGGCGCCACUGUCGCAGUUGUGUUCGCGCUCUCCAUCUCCCUUGGGCGCACGGAGAAGCAAUCCUCCAGUUCGUUGAAACUCGUGUCUAUUAUUUUCCGCCAUGGAGACCGCACACCAACGGACACUUAUCCAGAGGAUCCUUACAAUGACGAUAAGUACUGGCCGGAAGGCUGGGGUGCCCUGACAAAUAUUGGGAAAAUGGAGAUGUUUACACUUGGAAAAUUCUUACGGCAACGAUACAACGGGUUUCUGAGUGAAACGUACUAUCCGCAAGAAGUCCACGUCAGGAGCAGUGACAACGAUCGCUGUUUAAUGAGUGCGGAGACUUGCUUGGCAGGCCUGUACCCUCCAAAGGGUGAUCAAGUCUGGAACCCUGAGCUGCUAUGGCAGCCCAUACCAAUCCACGCGACGCCCAGGAAUCUCGAUGCGCUGAUUGUAAUGAAAAAGCCAUGCCCCAGAUACGAGAAAGAACUUCAGCAGAUGUAUAAUUCACCAGAAAUACAAAAACUUAAUGAAGAAAACUCUGAGCUGUAUAAACAUUUGUCUAAACACACAGGAAAAACCAUUCAGAGUAUCCUGGAUGUUGAAUAUCUGUACAAUACUCUGGAAAUUGAGGAAAAACGUAAACUGCAGCUUCCUGCUUGGACUGCUGGUUAUUAUCCAGAUAAAUUAAGGACACUGGCUGCCAGAAGUUUGGCUUUGUUUUCUGAAAGUCAGACCAUGAAACGUCUCAAUGGAGGUCCUUUAGUGAAACACAUUGUAGAAAAAAUGCGGCUACAAAGUAACACUUCAAGAACUGUGUCUCCAAAAUUUCUCAUGUUUUCUGCCCACGAUGUUACCAUUGUGAAUGUUCUCCAAACUAUGGGGUUCACAGAGCUAUUAAAGCCAGAGUAUGGUGCAGCAGUUAUCAUUGAACUUCAUUCAACAAAUGACAGUGGUUAUGAAGUUAAGGUGUUGUAUUUGAACAAUGCUUCUGACAGUGAGCCACAUGUUCUCAACACUCCUGGUUGCACAGACAAGUGUCAUCUGCAGCAGUUUGUAGAUCUGAUGAAGCCUGUUUUACCAGACGACUGGACAGUGGAAUGUCAAAAGUUAGAUAGCUAAAUAAUGGAUAUUCAGCAAAGUGAUCGAACACUUAUAUUAAUAAUCAAAUAUUUCAUGCCAUAAAUGUGAUCACACUGCCUCAAAAAAUUGUACCAUAUUCAUAGUGUAUCUGAUAAAUGUGAGAUUGAAUUUUGUCACUUCUUUUGUAAAUAAAUAUAAAUUUGUUGCACGUAGAUAAUACACUUUUAUUGAGAGAGAAGUUUCACUCAUGAUGUAUCUGCAGGAAAUGUGGUCAUCCUUAUUUCAUCACAAAGCUAUCAGAAUUAUAAACUUAUUUUCUCAUAAUAUACUUUAAAAGUUAAAUCAUAGACUUACAUACAAGUGACUCACCAAUGUUAUUCUAUAAGUCUAGUUUCAGUGUACUGUGGUCACGUACAGUUCAACUAUAAUACAUCAUUUAAUUUCAUAAGCUACAUGGAAACUGAUCACUAUUUAAAAUAAUGUAUGUUUACAUAUUUUAGUUCCUUUUGCUGUAUUCUUGGUCAAGUAACAACAUUAUCAUUCAAUAAUUCCUCUACUGAGUAAUAGAACUUUUGGACUAGCAUGCUGUACAAUUUUCUCUUCAGAAAACUAUUCUUGAUCCUAUUUUAAUUUCUAUCUUUUAAUUUGUUACAAAUCACCACUCCUGUGUAUUGCAAAGUGUGGACAAAAACCUGAGGGUAGCAAGCAUGAACUUUUCUUUAUUCCUAGAAUUGUGUGUAUGCUGGAUUUUUUUUUUUUUUUUUUUUUGCUAGGUCAAUAUUCUUUUCAUGUCCAAAAGGCAAUGCCAUAUUUUAGCACGGAUUCAAAGUAACUAUGGUACAUUAUUUUUCUUGUGUACAUGUAGAUCGUGUCAGCUUCAACUGUCAUACCAAAUGCCAGACUGUUUAAUUUAUUUGGAAAGUGUGCAAUAUGUGAAGACCAUGACAGUUUUUCAUCCGCGUGCAUUUCCAAGAAAUUGACACAGUCUGCUUCAUUUAGUUCCUUAAUUUUGUGGUUUAUCUGAAUACGAUUUGUUUUUGAUUGUUUGGUUUUAAAUUGCAAUAGUUGAAUUUUUUGUAAUAUUUAAUUUUAAUCCAUUUCAGUGAAAUUAGGUAUCAAAUUUUUUAGGGCACCUGCAACGUUUUUGGGAAGUUUGUCUGCAUUACUAUAUUCAAUCAGCAUUGGGCAUGUGAAUUAUUUUUGGGAAAUAUGCAUUACUGUAUUCAAUCAGCACUGUUGUACCAACUGUAAAUAAUAAUGAAUGCAAAUUUA